AUGGAGCGAGCGGGUCGAGGAGGAGGAGGAGGCGGCGGCGGGAGGAGCGUGGGCGGCUCCGGCCUAAGCCGGAGCAGCAUCUAUUCCCAGGCCCCGCAGCCGCCUCCGCCGGCCGCGGCGGGCCCGUACCCUCCCUACUCGGGCUCGGGCUCGGCCUGCCCGGGCGCGGCGGACAUCCAGGAGCUGGCCUCCAAGCGGGUGGACAUCCAGAAGAAGAGGUUCUACCUGGACGUGAAGCAGAGCUCCCGAGGCCGCUUCCUGAAGAUCGCCGAGGUGUGGAUCGGGAGGGGCCGGCAGGACAACAUCCGCAAGAGCAAGCUGACCCUGUCCCUGUCGGUGGCGGCCGAGCUGAAGGACUGCCUGGGGGACUUCAUCGAGCACUACGCCCACCUGGGCCUCAAGGGCCACCGGGCCGAGCCGGGCGACGGCCGGGAGCCGGACGGGGGGAUGCUGCUGCGGCGGCGGCGGCCGCGGAGGCCGGCCCCGGCCUCGACCUCGGCCCCGGAGCGGGCCCAGGACCAGCCCCCGGCCCCGUCCCCGCCCCCGGCCUCCCCGGCCUCCGAGGACCACCCGCACAGCGUCCUCAAGACGGACUCCAUCGAGAGGGACAACCGGAGGUAUUACCUGGACCUGAAGGAGAACCAGCGGGGCCGCUUCUUGAGGAUCCGCCAGACGGCCGUCCGGGGGCCCGGGGUCAUCGGCUACUUCGGCCACGCGCUGGGCCAGGAGCAGACCAUCGUCCUGCCCGCCCAGGGCAUGAUCGAGUUCAGGGACGCCUUGGUCCAGCUGAUCGAGGACUACGGCGAAGGGGACGCGGAGGAGCGAAGGGGAGCCGGCGACGAGCCCCCCGAGCUCCCCGAGGGGACCUCUUUCAGGGUAGACAACAAGAGGUUCUACUUUGACGUGGGCUCCAAUAGGUAUGGCAUCUUCCUCAAGGUAAGUGAGGUCAGACCGCCUUACCGGAACACCAUCACGGUGCCCUACAAAGCGUGGACACGGUUCGGGGAAAACUUUAUCAAGUACGAAGACGAGAUGAGGAGGAUUUACGACAGCCAUAAAGAAAAGAGGAUGGAUGGCGGAGGGGACAGCGGCGAAGAGCAAGAGGGCCUCGACUAGCGGGCCGCCCGGCCUCCCCGGCGGGCGGGAUCGGAAAUCUGGAGU